CACAGCGCUCCGCAAGUCCUUACAUCUAGUCACGUGGCUGGAACGUCAUCGCAGCACUAGAGCAAGCUGUGGUAUCACCGCUGGCUACAGCUGCGGAAGGAGCUGCAGCAAUCAGAUCGUCUCAUCACACGGCGCAGGUGACGCGCAGGGCGGUGACGUCUACUUCGGUUCCCCUGUCUACUACACCGGCUCUAUUUCACUCCUGAUUGGCUGCAAGUUCUGCUGACAACACUGUCUCUCACUGGAGGCUCCCUCUCUGCUGAGCAUGUGCCACCAGGCAUGCCGGGAAUUGGAGUCCCACUCGCUGACGUGCCGCUGAAUGCGUACGCGUGCUUUAGCUGUGUAGGGACUACAAGAUCCGUGGACCAGUGCGUCUUCAGUUCCUGGCUUCCCUUCGGACUGAUGACUAGUGCAGCAUGUUGUACCGUGUUGUAGCUCCAGCUGAGUGCCUGUUCCGAGAUCGCCUAUACUCAUAGCGGAAGAGUGUAGCUGGCAGACCCGAGCCUUCCCACGCUGUGCCUCUGCGUCCAGUUUUUAUCUGCUGGAACUAAUCGUAUAAUGGAGGAAGGCCAACCACAAGAGGUUGGUACACCACCAAUGGCAGAGUCUGGUGCAUCAGAGGAUGGACCAGCUGAUUCUUCUGAACCGCCACACAUCUCGGAUGCUGAUGCUUUUAGGAUUCUGUGGGAAAUGAAAAUGAAGAAAAGACAGAAGCGCCCAUCGCUUCCAGAAACUGUGACAGAACUUGGCACAGAGGAUGGAAGCAAAGUGUACAUUGUAGGCACUGCUCACUUUAGUGACAGCAGCAAGCAAGAUGUGGUAAAGACCAUUCAGGAAGUACAGCCUGAUGUUGUUGUGGUUGAGCUAUGCCAGUAUAGAGUAUCCAUGCUAAAGAUGGAUGAAGAGACCUUACUGAAAGAAGCCAAAGAAAUCAAUUUUGAGAAGCUUCACCAAGCUAUUAAACAGAAUGGAGUUAUGUCUGGUCUCAUGCAAAUUCUUCUGCUGAAAGUGUCUGCACACAUCACAGAACAGCUGGGAAUGGCUCCAGGUGGUGAGUUCAGAGAGGCCUUCAAAGAGGCCAGCAAAGUGCCUUUUUGCAAGUUUCACCUUGGAGAUAGACCUAUUCCUGUAACAUUCAAGAGAGCUAUUGCUGCACUUUCAUUCUGGCAAAAGGUCAAGCUUGCCUGGGGCUUGUGCUCCCUGUCGGACCCUAUAAGUGAGGAUGAUGUGGAGAAAUGUAAACAGAAGGAUUUAUUGGAACAGAUGAUGGCUGAAAUGAUCGGUGAAUUUCCUGACCUCCAUCGCACCAUAGUCUCCGAGAGAGAUAUUUACCUAACCUAUAUGCUGAAGCAAGCUGCUAAAAAAACAGAAAUACCGUGUGCCUCUGAGAGUGGUGGACUCUAG